UACAAAAAAAUCUGGAAAACUUAGAACUUUGAGGAUGAAAAUUCUGCUUCCAAAUCAACAUUUUUGAUGUCCUUUGAAAGUAACACACUUCGUCGGUGGCUCAACUAUUGGCCCGGUAAGAAAUACUUCGGAAUCUACAGAUUCCUCCCGGCUUUCUUCCUCCUGGGAGCUGCUCUUGAGUUCUCAAUGAUCAACUGGACAGUCGGAGAGACGAAUUUCUACAAGACUUACAAGAAGCGUCAGGCAAGGAGCAUUGUUGAGGAGAAAUUGCGAGCAGCUGAAGGAGCAAACUGAAGAGAUGCCAGCUGGGGUGACUUGGGGGCAGUACAUGAG